CGCCUCGUGUUCUUGCUCAGUGGUCGCCAAGAUGAGGACCUCCACGGCUCUCCUGGCCGCGGCGGCGGCGCUGCUGCUGUCGCUGGCGGCGGCGGCGGACAUGUCGAUCGUGUCCUACGGGGAGAGGAGCGAGGAGGAGGCGCGCCGGAUGUACGCCGAGUGGAAGGCGGAGCACGGCCGGAACUCCAACGCCAUCGGCGGAGAGGACGAGCUCCGGUUCGCGGUCUUCAGGGACAACCUCCGCUACAUCGACGAGCACAACGCCGCCGCCGACGCCGGGGUCCACUCCUUCCGCCUCGGCCUCAACCGCUUCGCCGACCUCACCAACGAGGAGUACCGGAGCACCUACCUCGGCGUCCGGACCAAGCCGGAGAGGAAGCAGAAGCUCAGCUCCAGGUACCAGGCCGCCGUCAACGAGGACCUGCCGGAGUCCGUCGACUGGAGGACCAAGGGCGCGGUCCCUGCGGUCAAGGACCAGGGCGGCUGUGGGAGUUGCUGGGCUUUCUCAGCAAUAGCAGCUGUUGAAGGCAUCAACGCAAUUGCUACAGGCAACUUGAUCGCUCUCUCUGAGCAAGAGCUUGUUGACUGUGACACUUCAUACAAUGAGGGAUGCAAUGGAGGUCUGAUGGACUAUGCAUUUGAGUUCAUCAUUAACAAUGGUGGAAUCGACUCCGAGGAGGACUACCCUUACACAGAGAAGGAUGGCCGUUGUGAUGCUAACAAGAAAAAUGCCAAGGUUGUUACAAUUGAUGGGUACGAGGAUGUACCUGUGAACAGUGAGAAGAGUCUGCAGAAGGCAGUUUCAAACCAGCCCAUCAGUGUUGCGAUUGAGGCUGGUGGCCGGGCAUUCCAACUCUACAGCUCGGGUAUCUUUACCGGAACAUGUGGAACAGCGCUUGACCAUGGUGUCGCAGCUGUUGGUUAUGGUACAGAGGAUGGCAAGGACUACUGGAUUGUCAGGAAUUCCUGGGGUAGCAGCUGGGGCGAGUCCGGCUACAUCAGGAUGGAGCGUAACAUCCAGUCAACCGACGGCAAAUGUGGCAUCGCCAUCGAGCCUUCUUACCCGUUGAAGACUGGCGCGAACCCCCCAAACCCCGGCCCCACGCCGCCGGCUCCCGUUCCUCCCACCCCACCAUCCUCCGUCUGUGACAGCUACUACACGUGCCCUGCCAGCACGACCUGCUGUUGCAUCUUCGAGUAUGGAAAGGAGUGCUUCGCCUGGGGUUGCUGCCCGCUGGAGGGCGCUAGCUGCUGCGAUGAUCACUACAGCUGCUGCCCUCAUGACUACCCCGUGUGCAACACUAGGCGUGGAACCUGCAGCGCGACCAAGGACAGCCCGCUGUCAGUGAAGGCUCUGAAGCGUAUCAUGGCGACGCGCACCGGGGCUCGCAGGGCAGAAGAUGGCAUGAAGAGCAGCGCGUAAAGACUUCCAUCAUGACAUUGCACCCGAAACCCACCACGGUGAUCAACUUCUGCCAACGAUCACCUGGUGAUCCCUGAUGGCGUGGUGUGGCGUGCUCUCAAGUAUCUCCUUUAUUACAGAUGCUCGUGUACAUAAACUUGAAAUUCGGUUUCUGUUGUUCACAGAACCGCCACAUUUGCUUCCGCAUAUGUAUAUGUAAUAUUCAGCUCCUUUCCCACGCAGUUUGAAGCUGCCAAUUUAUUACACAAUUGAUCAAGCAACACGAUAAGCAGAUUUCAAUA